CACUUAUGAGCAAUGGCAUUAAAACCUACAACAUGCAAAGAGGCUAUCGCGCGUUGGGAAAAGAAAACCGGUGAAUCAGCUGCUGAAGCCAAAGUUAUAGAACUACAGUUCCAAUGGCCGCCCAUUGAAAAGAUGGAUGGCGCACUUUCCACUCUAGUUGCGUGCGAGAAAUUAAGUUUAUCGUCCAACAUGAUAGAUAAAAUUGCAGGAAUCGCUGGUAUGAGAAGUCUAAAGAUUUUAUCGUUGGGUAGAAACUAUAUCAAAACCUUAGCUGGAAUUGAAACUGUAUCGGAUACAUUAGAAGAAUUAUGGAUAAGUUAUAAUCCGAUUGACAAGCUGAAAGGAAUCGGUGUUAUGAAAAAUCUACGCGUGCUUUACAUGUCCAAUAAUGCUGUCAAGGAGUGGGUUGAAUUUAAUAGACUGCAGGAGUGCUCCUCUCUAAGAGAUCUGGUUUUCACUGGAAAUCCUUUAUGUGAAAAUAUGGCUGACGUAGACACUUGGCGUACCCAGGCUUCCAACCGUUUGCAACAGAUUACCAAACUUGAUGGCAUUCCCAUACUAAGGGAUACUGAAUAA